AUGUAUGUGAACGAUGCGAAUAGUGAAGAAGAAGAAGGAGAUGGUGAACCUCAUCAUCAUGGCAUUCACUGCAUCACAAUCAAUCAUACAUCAUCAUCAUCAUCAUCAUCAUCAUCAUCAUCAUCAUCAUCAUCAUCAUCAUCAUCAUCAUCAUCAUCAUCAUCAUCAUCAUCAUCAUCAUCAUCAUCAUCAUCAUCAUCAUCAUCAUCAUCAUCAUCAUCAUCAUCAUCAUCAUCAUCAUAUCAUCAUCAUCAUCAUCAUCAUCAUCAUCAUCAUCAUCAUCAUCAUCAUCAUCAUCAUCAUCAUCAUCAUCAUCAUCAUCAUCAUCAUCAUCAUCAUCAUCAUCAUCAUCAUCAUCAUCAUCAUCAUCAUCAUCAUCAUCAUCAUCAUCAUCAUCAUCAUCAUCAUCAUCAUCAUCAUCAUCAUCAUCAUCAUCAUCAUCAUCAUCAUCAUCAUCAUCAUCAUCAUCAUCAUCAUCAUCAUCAUCAUCAUCAUCAUCAUCAUCAUCAUCAUCAUCAUCAUCAUCAUCAUCAUCAUCAUCAUCAUCAUCAUCAUCAUCAUCAUCAUCAUCAUCAUCAUCAUCAUCAUCAUCAUCAUCAUCAUCAUCAUCAUCAUCAUCAUCAUCAUCAUCAUCAUCAUCAUCAUCAUCAUCAUCAUCAUCAUACAUCAGCAUCAUCAUCAUCAUACAUCAUCAUCAUGAGACUCUCUAAACUUUUCUCACUGAAUCAUACUUCUUGA